CGGCUAAUUAUAUAAUUAAUUCCCUUAUAAUAGCUAAUUAUACAAUUAUUAAGCCUUCCCACCAAAAAUAAACUCCACAAAAAUCCCCUCCUUAAAACCCACCAUAUGAUCCCCAUUGCCAACCUACCUCUCCCCCUUCCCCCCAAAAAAACACAACACACACAAAACACAUUGCAUGGCAACUCACUCCCAUCUCAUUUCAACUCACCACCACCACCACCACCCUCAUCCCGCCGCCAUGAUCAUCAACACCACCGCCUCCUUUUCCCCGGCACCGGCGGCCGCAAUCCGCAGGAUCCUCUUCCUCCGCGACGUCCAGCUCGCCGAGCUCUUCCUCGCCCUCGCCGUCUUCGUCACCAUCCACUCCCUCCGCCAGCGCAAGCGCCACGGCCUCCCCGUCUGGCCGCUCCUCGGGAUGCUCCCUUCCCUCGUCGCCGGCGUCCGACACAACAUGUACGACUGGAUCACCUCCGUCCUCUGCCGCCGCAACGGCACCUUCCUCUUCCGCGGCCCUUCGUUUAGCAGCCUCAAGUGCGUCAUCACCGCCGACCCGCGGAACCUCGAGUAUCUCCUCAAGACCAAGUUCUCGAAUUUCCCCAAGGGGCAGUACUUCCGCGACAACCUCCGCGACCUCCUCGGCGACGGCAUCUUCAACGCCGACGAUGCCACGUGGCACAAGCAGCGCAAGACCUCCAGCCUCGAGUUCCACUCCGCCAGGUUCAGGAACCUGACGUACUCGUCGCUGUACGAGCUGGUCCACGGCCGGCUGCUGCCGGUCCUCGAAACGGCCUCGAACCGAAACGUUUCGAUCGACCUACAAGACGUGCUGCUCCGCCUGACGUUCGACAACGUGUGCAUGAUCGCAUUCGGCGUCGACCCGGGGUGCCUGAGCCCCGGCCUCCCGGAGAUCCCGUUCGCCAGGGCGUUCGAGGACGCCACGGAGGCGACGGUGAUGCGGUUCGUGAUGCCGACGUGCGCGUGGAAGGCGAUGAGGUGGCUCGACGUGGGUCCCGAGCGCGUCCUCAGGAAGUCCAUCGAAGGAGUCGACGCGUUCGCCGAGGAAGUGAUCCGCGCGAGAAAAAAGGAGCUCGCCCUGCUGGACAGCGACGACGACGACGUGGACGCUGACGUGGACGGGCGGGAGCGGCGGGUGAUUAGGAGGAGGUCGGACAUACUGACGGUGUUCAUGGGACUGCGUGACGACAAGGGGGCGCCGUUCUCCGACAAGUUCCUGAGGGAUAUUUGUGUGAAUUUUAUACUGGCGGGGAGGGACACGUCAUCGGUGGCGCUGAGCUGGUUUUUUUGGCUGGUGGACGGGCAUCCGGAGGUUGAGGAGAAGAUUGUUGGGGAGAUUGGGAGGAUUGUGAAGGAGAGAUCGUCGGGAGGUGAGAAUAAUGGCGGCGAGGAGGAGGAGGAAGAAGGAGUGGUGUUUAGGCCGGAGGAGAUUAAGAGGAUGGAUUAUCUGCAGGCGGCGUUGUCGGAGGCGUUGAGGCUUUACCCUUCGGUGCCUGUUGAUCAUAAAGAGGUUGUAGAGGAUGACAUGUUCCCUGAUGGGACUGUACUGAAGAAGGGAACCAAGGUGAUCUACGCAAUCUACUCAAUGGGGAGGAUGGAAUCUAUCUGGGGGAAGGACUGCAGGGAGUUCAAGCCCGAGAGGUGGCUGAGGGACGGCCGAUUCAUGAGCGAGUCGGCAUACAAGUUCACCGCUUUCAAUGGCGGUCCUAGGCUGUGCUUGGGGAAGGACUUUGCGAUCUACCAGAUGAGGUUUGCGGCUGCCUCGAUCAUGCUUCGCUACAAGGUGAAGGUCGUGGCUGGUCACCCUGUCACCCCGAAGCUCGCCUUGACUAUGUACAUGAAACACGGGCUCAAGGUGAACCUCUACAGGCGCGACCAGGUCGCUGACAACAAGGUGGAUAGUUAAAUCAAUGAAAGGAUGAGAAUGUUUGAUAAAUAAGUGAUGGUCUUUGCUUAUAUUUACGUUGAUUUGUAUUUUCUUUUGCUUUUGGUGUUAUUGUUAUUGUUGUUAUGUGGUUGUAGAUGAAGCAUACUUAUUGUUUUAUUUGGGAUGAUGAAGAAGAUAAUCAAGAGAUAGAGGUAAUCUAGAGUGGUAACUUGUGAGACAAGGCAAGAUGAGAGGGGUGAUUAUUGGAUUAUGUGGGGUUGCAAUAACGGGAUGAAGUUUAUUAUCAUGUUAUAUGUACUGGGAUCUUAGAGGUUGUGUAAUUAUUUUUACAAUAAAUUGUGACAAAUUUAUAGUUGUUGAUCUC